AUGUUUGACUUUUAUUCUGAACGGCUGUUGAAUAACACCAAAAACUUCCAACCCCGUGAUGGAAAUAGGUGCAUUGAGAUGAUUGAUUAUGAGGGAAAAGGCGUUGUCGUGUGCGAAGAAAACGAAGUCGAAAAAGACAACAUCGCCGACUGGGCAGCUUCUAGUAGUAGACAUGAGAAGUGCAAGGAUGGUCAUUCUUUGCGACUUCUGAUCGGAGCACCCGAGAAUCAUGAAAGCGACAGCGAGAUCCUGCCGCUGCCGUUUUCCCCAUCCACUUACGGCGCUAUCUGCAGAGCAUGGCAACUUCCUUCCGAGUUUCUGCGUAUGGUAAUGAGUACUUUGCCACUGAACGUUGCUUUCGAAGCUCUCGACUCAGAAGGCCAGGCUGUGAAGGGCCUGAUGCUAAGAGCUGGCAGAUCGCGAGACUGGAAUUUCUGCCUUGGGAUCGUCCACAGUCCGUCCACAAGGACCACUUGCGGCAUUCUCAGCGGCAUGCAGUAUGAAGAGAUCGAAAAGCUCUUGCAGUGCCUGCGGGAGUCUCGAGCUCAUGUCCAUGACCCACUGCUCGUACCCGUCUUCUUGCUUGAGUUGAGAGUUCAUUUCUUCGCCCUUCUCCUGGAAAAGAGGGCCCUUGGUAUCGAAGGCAUUGAAUAUGCGACGGGUAUGCGCCAUGGUUUCAGCACAGAUCCGCGUAAGAUUGCCCUCGCUGAUCAGGAGAGAAAAUUCAAGGCCAAAUUGCUUGACUUCGAUCCAAUCACUCAAAAGCUUACGGGGGUGACAGGGACUUUGAGUUUCUGCGAUAUGACCUUUCGCUCUAGUAAGCGUGCACUAGACCUCGUGGUCAAUAUGAGGACAGAGAUGGGGCUUGAAAAGCGUAUGUCAAGCGGCGGUGCUCUCGAUUCAACAAUUAGCGAUCCCAUAGGUCGAAGGAUCGACUACCUCAGCGAAUUGAUCAACGGAUCACAAGCAUAUGGGGCUGUACUUUCGGCGCGCACCAAAGCACAAGUACAAACUGUGUACUCGAUGAUUGGCCAGCGAGAUAAUCGAGUGAACAUCGAAACUGCAGCAGCAUCUCGAGAAAUAGCAGAAGAUUCGCGUCGAGUCGCAAUUCUUACCAGGAAGGACAGCCUCGAUAUGCGGAUUAUAGCAGGAGUAACUCUUAUCUUCCUGCCAGGAACAUUCAUGGCGACUAUGUUCGGUUCUGGUUUCUUCAGAUUCUUACCAGAGAACUCCACACAACUGGUCUCAGGCUGGAUCUGGCUCUAUUGGACGCUGACGAUCACCAGCACCGCGAUGGUCCUUCUCUCCUGGUUCUACCUCUCGAAACAACACGGCCGCAGAUUCUUUGACAUUGAACGUCGCGAGCGUUCCCUUUUGGCAUCCUCUCGCGGCAGAGAGGAGGCAGCAAUGCUUCGUGAACGCCCAGUCCUGAAGAGCGAGGUCUCGUCGCGACGCUAA